AUACACUCACGCAGUCCUCUCUUCAUUCUUCCUCUUUCGUUUCCCUCAAAAACCUUCUCUACAGGGAAACCGCUUCUCUCCAUUAAUAGCGGUUUUCCAGUUACCCGGAUCGGUGGUUUUGUUUAUUUUCUUAUAUAAGGUCAGGAAUUGGGUUUUGAAGCUUGAUAAUGGCUGGAGAAAAGAUUAUAGAAAAACCUGAAGCUGUUGCUCCAGGACUGAAAUCUGACUCCUCUACCAAACUGAUUGAGAAGGAUUUGGUUUCAAAAAAAGAUGGAAAAGCUUCUGACUCGGUGUCUUCUUUGGGAGCUGUGACUGGCAUCAAGGGUGAAAUUCAUCAACCACCAGCUGCAGAGCAAGGUGCUUAUUAUCCACCUACUAGCUAUUGCGAUUACUACUACCCAGGAUAUAAUGGGACUUAUAAUCAGUUAGACGAGCAAGCUUACUUUAAUGCGGGUGUUCAAUCAGAUAAUGGUUCCCUUCUCUACUAUAUGCCUGGCUAUAAUCCUUACAGUGCUGGAUAUGUGGGAGGUGAUGGGAAGCAGCCCUAUCUAUCGUCUGGAUAUCUUCAGCAACCUGUCUCAUAUGGUUCAGAUUCCAUGCCAUGUUAUUCAUGGGGUUCGGCGUACUGUGCUGAUAUCACCAAUGGUGCUGCUCCCAAAUCCGGGAACGUUAAAUCAACUUUUGGACGAAAUGGUUCAGUUAAGUCAAAUGGUUUUAAUUCCACAAAAACAAAUAGUUCUUUCUCAAGCAAAAACUCGGCGGUACUUUUUAACCCAAAGAGUCGACCAUCUACUGCGAUGUCAAAUCCGCCAAAGUCUGUCCAUCAAGCUCAGCCUUUCAAUCCAGUGAACAAGUGUCAGUCUGAUGUCCAGUCCGGAGGCCUGAUGAAGGGGUUUCAUCUGGUUGGGGACUAUCCAUCAUACACCAGUCAAAAUCAAGGGUUUUUCAUGCCUUAUGAUAACAUCAACUGUCAAACAAACAGUAGAAUGUGGAAUGGGAACUACAGAGUCAAACCACGGGGAAAUUUUACCAGAAAUGGUGUGUUUGAGGCAACAAAUGAGUUACCCCGUGGCCCCCGCGCUAACAGCAGAAGCGUCCCUUCGAAACCAUCUGCUGAGGAGGAUCAGCUUGUGCCAACUAUUCAGAGGGAGAAGUAUAACAAAGAGGAUUUUAAGACUCAGUACGAUAAUGCAAAGUUUUACAUCAUCAAGUCAUACAGUGAAGAUGAUAUUCACAAGUGUGUCAAAUAUGAUGUGUGGUCAAGUACUCCAAAUGGAAACAAGAAAUUGGACACUGCCUUCCUUGAAGCUGAGGCUAAAGCAAUUGGUACUGGUUCAAGCUGUCCAGUGUUCCUCUUCUUUUCUGUUAAUGGAAGUGGACAGUUUUUAGGUGUAGCUGAGAUGGUUGGGCAGGUUGACUUCAACAGAAACAUGGACUUUUGGCAGCUUGAUAAGUGGAGUGGGUUCUUCCCACUGAAGUGGCACAUAGUUAAAGAUGUCCCUAACACACAGUUCAGGCACAUCAUCCUCGAAAACAAUGAUAAUAGACCUGUAACCUAUAGCAGAGAUACUCAGGAGAUUGGGUUGAAGGAAGGUUUGGAAAUGCUUAACAUACUUAAGAGUUAUUCAGAGAAGACAUCUAUAUUGGAUGAUUUCAACUUCUAUGAGAAGCGUGAGAAAUUGCUCAAGGCUAAAAGGAGUUCAAAACCAGCUAUUCAAGCUGAUGUAUUCGAGAAAGCUGAUUCUCUUAAGCAAUUCAAAGGAGGAGACAAGGUACUUGAGGAGGAGCUGAAGACCAACUCUGCUGAUCCAACUGCAUCUCUAGUUUCUCUCACCAAAAACCUAUCAAUUAAUUCAAGGCCAUUCAAAAGUAGUGUCUGAAUCAUAGGUUGCCUCCAAGAGGCAUUUUAUGACUAGGUAGUCCUGAAGCAUCAAAAUGAGUCCUUGUUUCUUCUUUUUGUGUUUAAUUAGCUUUAUAGGCAUACACUCCUCCCGCUGCUGUCUGGGCUUUUGGGAUGGCAUUUACUUACUAGUCACUUAGUUUUGCCUCAUCUUUAAGAAAAGAAAAGGGUUCUGUUUCUUUUCUAUUGACUUUGCAAUGUUUGUUUACUUUCAAAAGAUCUCUACUUUUGUUUUAGAUUAUUGCAGUAUUGAUAAUGUUAAAGAAAAAGUUGACCUCCA